CGGCGCGGCCGGGCGGGGGCGGCGGAGCGGGCGCAGCGCAGCGGGGCAGAGCGGAGCCGGCGGGAUGGAGCGGCCCGAGCGGGCUGCGGCGGCGCUGGGUGCCCAGCCCCGCGCCAAUGGCUGCAGCGGCGCGGCCCACGGCGCGCUCCGCAACGGCUACGUGCGCGGCCUGCCCGCGCCCGACACCCAGGUAAGUCAAAUUGUGCACAAUGGAGGAUUAUACAAAAGGCCAUUCAAUGAAGCUUUUGAAGAAACGCCGAUGCUGGUUGCUGUGCUGACCUACGUAGGCUAUGGUGUUCUCACUCUCUUUGGAUAUCUGCGAGAUUUCAUGCGGCAGUGGAAGAUUGAGAAGUGUCAAAAUGCAACAGAAAGAGCAGAACAAAAGGACUUUGUCCCAUUGUACCAGGACUUUGAAAAUUUCUACAACAGAAACCUCUACACACGCAUUCGGGACAGCUGGAACCGUCCGAUCUGCAGUGUGCCAGGGGCCAGAGUGGACAUGAUGGAGAGAGUUUCCCAUGACUAUAACUGGACGUUCACGUACACAGGGAGAGUGAUAAAGGACAUUAUUAAUAUGGGUUCCUACAACUACCUUGGAUUUGCACAGAAGGCAGGGACUUGCCAAGAAGCAGCAGCUGAAGUUCUGUCCCAGUAUGGAGCUGGGGUGUGCAGCACUAGGCAGGAGAUGGGAAACUUGGACAAGCAUGAGGAGCUGGAAGAGCUAGUUGCCAGGUUCCUAGGUGUGGAAUCUGCAAUGGCAUAUGGAAUGGGGUUUGCAACCAACUCUAUGAACAUUCCUGCCUUAGUUGGCAAGGGCUGUCUGAUUUUGAGUGAUGAACUGAAUCAUGCAUCACUGGUGCUUGGAGCAAGACUGUCAGGAGCAACUAUUCGAAUCUUUAAGCACAACAAUAUGCAAAGCCUGGAGAAGCUGCUCAAAGAUGCUAUUGUGCAUGGGCAACCUCGUACACGGAGGCCCUGGAAAAAAAUUCUUAUCUUGGUGGAAGGAAUAUACAGCAUGGAGGGAUCCAUAGUCCGUUUGCCUGAAGUGAUUGCCCUUAAGAAGAAGUACAAAUCCUAUCUGUACCUCGAUGAGGCUCAUAGUAUAGGUGCCCUGGGUCCCAGUGGCCGGGGUGUAGUGGAGUAUUUUGGACUCAGUCCUGAAGAUGUGGAUGUUAUGAUGGGAACAUUCACCAAAAGCUUUGGAGCUGCUGGAGGAUACAUUGGGGGCAAGAAGGAACUGAUUGAUUACCUCAGGACAUACUCUCACAGUGCUGUGUAUGCGACAUCACUGUCACCUCCUGUUGUGGAGCAAGUCAUCACCUCUAUGAAGUGCAUCAUGGGUGAAGAUGGUACAACUGUUGGGAAAGCACGUGUGCAGCAGCUAGCAGAGAACACGAGAUAUUUCAGGAGACGACUGAAAGAGAUGGGCUUUAUCAUCUAUGGAAAUGAAGAUUCCCCUGUUGUGCCUCUGAUGCUGUACAUGCCAGCAAAAAUUGGUGCGUUUGGGCGUGAGAUGCUGAAGCGGAAUAUUGGUGUUGUGGUUGUGGGCUUCCCUGCCACCCCCAUCAUUGAGUCCAGAGCCAGAUUCUGUUUGUCUGCAGCUCAUACCAAAGAGAUGCUUGAUACAGCUUUAAAAGAAAUCGAUGAAGUUGGGGACCUUUUGCAACUGAAAUAUUCCCGUCACCGUUUGGUACCUCUCUUGGACCGGCCGUUUGACGAGACAACAUAUGAAGAAACAGAAGACUGAACUCCCUCCGUGUGCCUUGGUGGGAGGGACACAUCCCGUGGGACACUCUGUGGCACAUAGGCCACAGCAUCCAUGAACAACACACUUAUGACUGCUUAUCAUAAAAGACAUUUCCUCACAAUACUGAAGUGGCCACAUCAGCUCUAAAUGGCAUUUUGUAAAUAGGGAGAUGAGGAAAAAAAAGCUUUGAUUCCUGUGUCUUCGGGGUCUGGCCCUAGAGGUGCUUGGCUUUAUUUUUUCUUGUUGCUUUUUUUAUUUAUUUGUCUCAGUGAGUUCACAGCAACCCAAGUUGGCUGUGCCUGAUCAGCUCAGACUUUGUAUGCACCAUUACCCUCCCAAAUGCUGGCUGAGAUGAAGUGAGCAUGUGUGACGCUGGCAUGGCAGCAUUUCCAGUGUCACUGCUAGGUAUCUGACCUUCCCAGUAAGGAGCGAGCUGACCUGCCUGUUCUUGGAGACUUCGUAGAGAAACUGCUGAUUGCUAACUUUGACAUAUUUAACAAGAUGGAUAAUCAACCAAAAUUUUUUUUUCUUUUGCAGUUACUUGUGUUUAAAACUUGAAUUUAGCCUUUUUAAAAUAAAUGUGUUGUUGACAUGUCACUGACAGGACCAUUGUUCCCAAACAUUAUUUAGUUUUGUAAGCCACAGGCAGAAGGACUUCUGGGACUCUAGCCUCUUUUCCUUCCCAGUAUGGAUUCCAGAUUGUCUCCUUGUUUUGACACUAAUUGUCCUCUUGAUAUAGGGUAAGUGAUAGAGAGGGGGUUUGUUAAUUUUUUUUUUUAAAUGGGCUCUGUUUUGUCUUCCUUCUGACGUACUUCUGUCUAAAAAAAAAAAAAAAAAAAAAAAGAAAAAGGUGGUUUUAGUGUGUGUUGCUUUCUCAUCUUCAGGUUAAUUUCUCUUGCUUUAGAAUUAUCAUAAAACCAUGAACAAGUCACUGCUAAGUUCUAGAAGGGUGCUCUUGGGAUUAAGUAAACCAUAGCCAGCCUUGUGCUUCUUAAGACCAGAACCCCUCAGUAAGCAGGCCUAGACAAUGGAUGACUAUUAGGAGAACCACUUAUUUCAUGCAGAUCUGUGAAAGACUGAUUGCUAUCCUUUGCCACACUAAUUCACUCUUUCUCGUCAUAUAUGAGGUGUUCUUCAUUGGCCUUGUUGUGCAAGGCUUUUAUGCAAAGAGUAUAGACAGCUUGACUCUUGUAUCACACAUUACAUUUUGUCUAGCCAGCAAAGUUUCGGUUGGCAGCUGCAUAUCUGUGUAGGCCUUCCCUGAAGAAAGAAUGUCCUCACAAUUGCAUUUAGUUUGAGAUCUUUAUUCUUUUGCAUUUCUGUUACAGUGAGAUCAAAUUAAUGUUCACUGAGCCAGUUGCUGUUUGGAAUCUUUAUAUGCAAGUUCCACACUGUCUUACUCUGAUCAAAGUUUUAAAUAGACACCUUUGCUCUAGCACACCUUAGAAGUGGUCUGCUACUUAAGUCAUUGCAUCUUGAAUUAUUUCAGUGAACAGAGUGGAUCAUUGAAGAGGUACCAAAAAUUUUGUAACAGCAGUCAGUUGCAGUAUACUUUGUUUCUGUGUUUUAUACCUUGGACAUGUAGGGUUUCUGCAAAGAUAGUAAAGCUUUAACAUUGUGUCAAUUGUGUUGGGCCAGCUCUUCAAUUUGGGUUACAAAGUGCUUUUUGCAGGUGGCUGGAGUUUAUUUAAACAGAUUCCUCAUCAUAAUGCUAAAGCAGAGUGCAGCUCAAAGCUAUUUGCCUGGUGCUGCAAAAAUAGUAAUAAUUUUUUUUAAGUUCUUUUAUGUUGACUCUGCAACUAACAGGGAAGGAUCACUUUGGUCAAUAGAAGCAAGCAGUUCUGCAAAUACAUCUGGUGAUUUAAAGCAGAAUUGGCUUCUAUUUUAUAGAAUAUCUGUCUUCAUGCAUUUAUAGAUCUUGUUGCAUUUUAAUGUAACAGAACUUCAAAACACUGAUUCAGCUUUUACCAUUGCAUUUCAGAAAUUUAAUUAGAUGAGAAGUAGUAAAAUUGUCAGUUUCAAAAUAAGUCCAGGUAACUGUUCUGUCUUAGUCCACUAAUGUUUAUUUGCUUGCCUUCUGGAGCAAAGUGUGUGCACAGUCCAAGAAGUCUGUAACCUGUAUGUGCAACUCUGAUAGCUAUGGAGUAGUCUCAUUUGUUCAUCCACAGAGUGAGUCAACUGCAAUUACAUGAGCUUACUUUCUCACCUGUGUUCUGCCCAGGACUAGCUUUAGCAUUCCACCAGAUGACCUGCUUUCUGACUUCAAGAAGCUUUACCUCAAAGAAUUAUUGCUUUUUUACUUUCUGGAUUGUAGUAGGGAACAAGAGGAGGUUAGUGCAGAAAGCUCUGACUCCAGCCCUGGUCCUGUUGACUUGAUCAUGGAAUGGUUUAAGAUCAGACAAAACCAACCAACUUGAAGGCAUAGGCACAGGUCAGUAAGGAGCUGUUUUGAGCAUUCCCAGACGUACAGCAUGCUAGUGUCUGCUGUGUAGUCAAGUCAGUUUGAAAACUGUGAUAUAUUAAGUUAGAAGUGGGUUAUCGUAGAUUUGAGAAGUCUCAAGUCUUAAUCUGGUCUCUGGGAUUCAGUUUUAGGGCAGUUUGUCUUUAGAAGGUAGAAAAACAUCUGGAUAAAUCUCAGUAAUUCAGGUAACUCCUGUAUAACGCUUCUGAAAUUGUCAGUGUUUGAAAAUUACUGGCCCCCAUUGGGAUUCCAGUUGCACUUGCUGAGGAAAUUGUGUUCAUGCUAAAACUUCUACCAUUUAGUAUCUUUCUGCUAUGUCACGCUGUCUGCAUAUGACUAAAUGCUGGGUUGCAAAGACAUUUCAGAAAUCAUUCAGGCAGUUAGUAGCAUUUGCAAACUGCUUGGUUACAUUUCAGCCCUGCCAUAUCCAUUUUGGGAAGCAAUUCCCCCCCACCCCCCGCAGGAGGCCUUUUAUUCAAGGGAAUGUGUUUUGCCAAAGUUUGGUACCUGUUGAAACUGCUUCUGAAAAAGAAGUUACAAAUCCAAGAUUUCGCACUUCUAAGUCAAUAAUUCACCAAGCAUGAAAGCCAGGAAAAUCUUUUCACAUCUACUAAAAAACUCCGCUCCCACAACCCAGGAGGGGUUGGGACCCCUCCAAGAGGGAGGACCACUACGGGUUUGUACUAGGCAAACCUACAGCAUGUGUGCUGUCACAGUAUGUGUAGGAUGGAUUGCUGCUUUGAUAUUUAUGUACUGACUAGAAAUCUGUCUCCUUUUUGUCCUGGUGGUAGAAGUGAAUGAACCAAUCUUGAGAGAUCACAAAGGAAGAAAAGCUGCUUAAGAAAUAGACUUCAGUCCCUGCCAACUUUUCUGAGACAUUCUAAUUGAAAAUGACUCCUGGUAUUUCUUAAGAGAUGCAAAAUUCAAAAGAAGAUGAAGGCUGCUUUUGAACAAAGGAUUUUGCCUUGUACUGUACAUUGGCGAAACUUACUCAUAAAUAUACAAUAGUUACUUUCCCAGUACCUCUCUGAAGAACUUAGCAAGCAAGAUUUUGCCUCUGCUGAGUGAAGAGUUUAGAACCAUUAUAGUUUUCAAGGCUGAUGGCCAUAUUCUUUUAAGAAAAUUGAGAAGCUCCUGUUACUGAGCAUCAGUAAAGAGUGAGAGAUCUGUUUCUUCUUAGAAGCUGGCCUUCCCAAGUAGACCUUUGUCUUAAGGAGCCUGAUUCAUAAUUUUUCUUUAGUUCUUUGGUAGAGAAGAAACCAAGGGAUUUUGUGUCAAAAUAUUCAGGGCUUUUUUUUUUUUUUUUAACAAGACACAAACUUUUGUAUAGUAUCUGUGUAUAUGGUGUAUUUAAAUCUUUGUUUAGUUUCUAUAUUUUUUCCCCUUCUAAGCAUCCUUAAAGAGCUGUUCUGGUUCUUGGGUUACUGGUGUAGCACACUUCUGCUUUAGGCUAAGACUCGGGAGUGAAUUGACUGAACAUCUUACCAUGUUGAAGUCCGUCAGUGAAGGAAUUGCAUCACCCAUCCUUCUCUUGCUCUUUCCUCUAAGAGUGCAGAAGUGGUACCCACUGUCAGAGUUGUGCCUUCACGUAGAGCAGGAAAGGGAAGUGUGCCCGUGAUAUCAGUGACCUAGCCCUGUGCUGCAUGGAUGAAGGACCAAUACAGCAGAGAUGGAGAAAAGGGGCAGUCAGUCAUCAUUUAUUCUCAGCUGUGCAGGGAUCUUUCAUGUGUACUUGAACAAGCAUCCCUAAGGCAGGAAUGCAACUUUCAAUGCCCAGAGGGACACUCCUCUAAAACUUCUCUACACCCAGUAAAUACUUCCUCUCCUUCUGUGCAAAUUUUAAUUUCUUUAUCUCUGAAAAGUAUUUGGCUUGCAGC